AUGGGUUGUGCAACCCAUAAAUUACCGAAACAAUUAUUUAAUAAAGCUGAUUUAAUUGAAUUACAAAAAUAUUCUGAUGAAUUACAUGAAAAACGUAUUAAAAUUCUUAAAUGGAUGGAAGAUGAUUUAGAAUUAAAAUCACCUAUGAAUGAUUAUAAGAAAAUAAAUUGGAAAAAUAUUAAAGAAAAUGUACAAUUAACAUAUUGGCAAGAAGCAUGGGAACGAGAACAAGAAUUAGUUAAACAUCCUUCGAUGGUUGAUUCAUGUGAAUCAAAAAUAUCUUGUAUUACAAUGGUUGAUGAAAAUCUUCGAGUUUUAUGUGAUGAAGAAAUAGAAACAUUUUGGAAAGAUUUUGAACAAACACAUUCAUCUAACUAA